AUGUACUCGAACUUCGACACCAUCUUCUCGAACAACGCGCCCGAGGGCGCGUUCGACGCCCUGUUCGACCCGCCCGGCAAGGCCAUGCUGACGCGUGACGCGAAGCCCAAGGCCCAGGACGCGUUCGAUGAGUUCCUCGACGGCUUCGACAUUCCCGAGGAGAAGUUCCUGUCGGACAUGGACUUCGCGGUGCCGGAAUGGACUGGCCUGAACGACAGUUUCGGCGCCCCCGAGGCGUUCCAGGCGCAGCAGCCCGCGCCCGCGCAGCAGCCCCAGGCUCCCCUCGCCAAGGCCGCCUCCCGCGGGUCGCUCCCGGACUUCGCGCGCGCGUUCAUGGGCGACGUCGAGGACUACAAGCCCGCGGGACCGUCGGACUUCCUCGUCCCGCAGGCGCCGUCGAGCAGCGCCGACGAGGCGUCGGACGCGUUCGACGUGGUCCCCGAGGCCGAGGUGCCCGUCGCGGCCCCGGCCCCGCGCGUCGCGCCCGCCCCGCAGGCCCCGCGUGCCGCCUCGUUCGCGCAGCACGCGGCGCCCCUCCCGACGGGCGCCGACGCGCCGUCGGUGCCGCUCUCGAUGGGCCAGCUGCCCAUGCGCCUCGACUUCAUGAGCGACGACCAGAUCGAGGCCCGCACGUCCGCGCUCGAGCGGUACCGCGCCAAGAAGGCCAACCGCUGCUUCAACAAGAAGAUCCGGUACCAGUCGCGCAAGGCGUACGCCGACGUGCGGCCGCGCUACAAGGGGCGCUUCGUGAGCAAGGAGGAGUACGACCAGCUCGUCGCGCAGGACGCCGCGCGCGCCGCGCUCGCCGCGCGCAACGGCGGGGCCAAGAACGGCGUGGCCAAGGGCGCGCGGCGCAGCAAGCGCGCGGAGUAG